CGGAAGCCUUGGAGUUUACACGGCUAGCGAUCAAGCUUGUGAACAUGGCCAGCUGGGCGAGGGUUUCCGCUGUCUUGAGAAAUGUUUUCAGGAGCCCCCAGUCUCUGAAAAGUUUGGCAGUGCGCCGGGCAGUCGGCCCUGGUCUUUUCGGGUGUGUAAUCGGAACUGGGGUGGUUUGUUAUUUCCAAUACCGUGCGAACAACAGGACUCUGCCCUUCGCCGUUCAUGCCCGGGAACAAAAAGAAGCCGCUGCUCCCCAGCGGUCCGCCAGAAAGGCUCGUUUCAUCCAGUUCGCCUCGGUGGUGUACGAACAGGAGCCCUACAUGACCCCCAGAGACUUCCUGUUCUCUGUGAUGCUGGAGAAUGUUGACCGAAAGCUGCAGAAGAGAAUUUUAACACCACAGGACUUUCACAGGAUGUUGGCGUCUGCCUCUACAGCUCGGGCUGGUAAUGAUCUGUUCAGGACCUUAGGAGACAAUGGUUUGAUAUCGUACACAGAGUAUCUGUUCCUGCUCACUAUCCUGACCAAGCCGCGUACAGGAUUUCACAUAGCUUUCAAAAUGCUUGAUGUUGACGGCAAUGAGCAUGUGGACAAAAAGGAAUUUCUGAAGCUGAAGAAAAUCAUUGGCAAAAGUAAAAAGAGAGUUCAGAAAGACGGCACAGAGAAUCAGGUGGAAGAAGCAGGAAGUGUGAACACGACGCUGCAGGCCUACUUCUUUGGGAAGAAAGGAGAGGGCAAGUUGCAGUAUCAGGAGUUCCGCAGGUUCAUGGAGGACCUGCAGGCUGAAGUUCAGGAGAUGGAGUUCAUGCAGUUCUCCAAAGGUAUGGACACCAUGCGAAGAGAAGACUUUGCGGAGUGGCUGCUUCACUACACCAACGAAGAAGACAACGAAGUCUACUGGGAAAACAUGAGGAAGAGGAUCCCUGCUGGCCAGAGCAUCACAUUUGAUGAGUUCAAAGCCUUCUGUCUCUUCACCAACAAUCUGGAGGAUUUUGCCUUUUCAAUGAAACUGGUGACUGGAGCCAACCGUCCCGUUGGAAUGGCCCAGUUCAAGCGAGCCGUGAGGAUCGCCACAGGCCACGAUCUGUCUGAGAACGUGCUGGACACUGUGUUUAAACUCUUUGACAUGGAUGGAGACAACUGCCUGAGCCACAAGGAAUUCAUUGGUGUGAUGACAGACAGAGUGCUGCGAGGUCUGAAGGUGCAGCAUCAGAACGGCUUCCCUGACUACUGGAAGUGCGUGAAGAGAGAGACCCUGAAGGGAGCUCAGGAGGCCUUGGGGGACACCGGGUGCCCCAUCUGAACCACUGUGACGUUCCAGGACGCGUCUGAUGAUCACUCCGACCACUGCUCACCUUGGUAUCGUCAAAUCAAAUAUGUGGUGUGAACAAGACUCUAAAUGUAACCACAUGUAUAGACACAAAGGAUUUCCACCACUGUCUCGUGUACAAAUAUGUUUACAGAUCAAUAAUGCAUUAUGUGAUAUUAACUAUAGAACUGUGGUUGUGGUGUUUACAAGAUAUAUUUUGUUUGGUGCCUUGUGCUUGCCUCUGAGCUUAAUCGUGCAUUUUCUAUUAGAGUGGCUGAUCAUAAUCAAUUUUGCACUCAACACACUUUGUUACUUACAUGCAGUGUGUUUACAAAACUGUGUUUCAAAGGAUAGAUCUGAGCAUGCUGAUGCUUGAUACAACAUCUGGUGUGGGUUUUUAAUUUUUUUGUCAAAUAUUUAUCAAGUAAAGUUUUCUAAAACUGUCUCAACAAUGUGCUGCACAUUUGACAUUCACAGAAUAAACCAGCUGUAACUAAGAACUAUUUUUGUCAUU